AUGCUGCGCCUCUAUGGACCUGGAAAGCGGAAGGCGUCGAACGAGGGGGUACAGCAGCAAGCUGCAGCAGAUUCUGAAGGUUCUCCUCCUGCAGUGGCAGGGGGGCCCCCCCCCGCCACAGCAGGAGGUUCUGCGGCUGCUGCUCCCGCAGCAGCUCUUGCUGCGCCUCGCAUCCUGCCCAGCGAUAUUCGCUUGCAGAAAGACUUGGAAGAUCUUGAUCUUCCGCCUAACUGCACGCUGCGCAGCCUUCUCCCUCCGGGGGGAGGCUCAGACGCAGGUUGCCUUUCUAUGGACAUAGAAAGCGAAAGGGGAGCACUUCCGACGUUCCUUCUGACGCUCACUCCAGAUGAAGGAUACUGGAGAAAUGGUCGCAUUCGCUUCACUAUCAAGCUGCCCGACAACUACCCUCACGACCCCCCCAAAGUCAAAUGCAGAGACAAGGCAAGCAUACCACUGGCAAGGCUGUCAGAAAACGGCGAGGGGACGGGUGGGGGGGGGGGAAGGCGGUAA